AUGAUAGAUGACCGACUGAACUUCAACAACCACGUUGACUAUGCUUGCGAGAAGGCGACCAAAGCUAUUAACGCUUUAUCCAGAAUCAUGCCGAACAACGCCGGGCCAUGCAGCAGCAAGAGGCGUCUUCUAGCCAGCGUAUUAUCGUCGAUACUGAGGUACGGAAGCCCGGUCUGGGCUACUGCGCUGGAAACACAGCGGAAUCGAGCAAAGCUGAGUAGUACGUUCAGGCUCAUGGCCAUGCGGGUCGCGAGUGCGUACAUGACUAUCUCUUUAGAGGCAGUCUGCGUUAUCGCUGGAAUGAUCCCUAUCGGCAUCAUCCUAGUGGAAGAUAACGAAUGA